UGUGCCAUUCACUACCCUUGAGGCAUCAUAGAGCAACAAGGAAGAGUUCAAACCAGCAGUCCUUUCCGCCGACUUCCAAGAAAGGAAAGUGCUUUUUUUUGUUGCUUUUGUGAACGUUUCUUUAACUUUGGCGGCGAAAGAGAGGUUUAAAUCGCAUUUUGUACGAGUUAGGGACCCUCUGUUCCCUGACAAGUUGUGGUUGUCCGUUUCCUUUUCCGGUUGGGGUGAGCUGUAGUUGAUGACGAACAUCCUGUUAUGGGGAAUCUCCUCAAGCUCCUAACAAAAGAAGAAAAUGAUGGCUGUGGUAGUAAAAUUGACAUAUUCUUGGAUUUUGAAAAUGCUACCCCUACAGAAUCAGAAAAAGAAGUGUUUGAUGUAGUUCACAGUGUGCUAGAUGUUGCGCCUCAAAUUCUGCAGGAGUUACAGGGUUACCCAGGGGCUGGAGAAGAAAUAAGACAAGCAAUUUCCAAUGCCCUCAAUGAAGAGCUCCAAGAGGUUGCAUGGAGAGCAGUGGUGCCACUUGUUGGAAAACUUAAGACAUUUUACGAAUUUGCCUUAGAACUUGAGGCAGUUCUUCCCCAGCUUCUUUAUGCUCUAUGUUCUGGACCAGAGACUCCCAUUGAACAUCUAGAACGGCAACAGGCCCUAGCAAAACAGUUUGCUGAAAUUCUCCACUUCACACUAAAAUUCGAUGACUUAAAGAUGACAAAUCCAGCCAUUCAAAAUGACUUUAGUUACUACAGAAGAACACUGAGUAGAAGGAAAAUGGCAAAUGCGGAUGAUGAUAAUGAAGGAGUUCAAGUGACCAAUGAAAUGGCAAACAGAAUGUCUUUAUUUUAUGCUUACCCCACACCACUUUUGAAAAUUCUUAGUGAUGCUACCUCAAAGUUUGUGACAGAGAACAAAAGCCUUCCAAUAGAAAAUACAACAGACUGCCUUAGCACAUUAGCGAAUUUAUGCAGAACUAUGAUAGAGAAUCCGGAUUUUUCUGCUAGAGUUGCAAACCAGGAAACAUAUCUUUUUUGUCUCCGUGUCAUGGUUGGUCUUAUAAUUCUCUAUGAUCAUGUACAUCCAGUAGGAGCUUUCGCCAAAACAUCAAAUAUAGAUAUAAAAGCGUCGAUAAAAGUGUUAAAGGAUCAACCUCAAGGAACCGUAGAUGGCCUUCUAAAUGCUUUGAGGUAUAGCACAAAACACUUAAACGACGAAACGACGCCCAAGACUAUCAGAGGUCUCCUCGUUUAAAAACGUAUUACCACAAGGAAACACAAGGUGCAUUCAACCGUUAGGGACAUCCGAUGGAAGUUCAAAUUCUACUAAUACCAUAAAUUAUUCAGGGAAAAUGGAAUAGUUGUGGAACUUUGAAGGUUCAUGAGCACUGCUGUACUGUAUACGGGAAUGUAAAGUAAGAGUAAUUCCGACCGCCAGCCUUUUUAUAAUAAGGGACUUAACAUUUCUUGAUAAUUAAAACAAACUGGGAGGAAAAACUAUUGAGAGUGAAAUUAGAGCGCAUUUCGUUUGAGUGUCCUAAAACCAAAACUACUCAGCCAAUCACAACUAUGGAGAAUAUCACAUGUAGCCAAUGAGAAGUAAAGUUAAAACAAGCAAACUGCCUGAAGCGCGGGAAAGCGUUAGUGGUGAAGUCGUGAUUUGUUUUAGUUUGUUUUUCAUUAGUUGAGAGGGUGUGGCCAGUAUUCUCGACCAAUCACCUUUUUCUAGUAAGGCAAACCAGGAUUACUUUCACACACUCGAGUGAAAAUUGCUCUAAAUUAGAAAUGAGGUAGCUUGUAGAGCUGGGGAAGAAGAUGAACCAAUCUGUCCCCUUGUAUUUUCCCAUUGCACGAGUCUAGACUCUCACAGGUGUACAUCCAGGUACCUUUAGAUUCUCAUGAGAUACGUCACAUGUAAGAUGUCACGAUACGUCGCGUUGCUUUUCUUUUUGGGAGAUCGGUCGGUAAUUUUGGAGAAGUAAAGAGCAGAGCAGUAUUUAAGAAGAAAUCUUUUCACUCCCUGAUAUUUUGAUAUUACUGUCUUCCUCGUUUUCCUUGCCACUUCUCUCAGUGUUAUCAAACCAACAGGCAUUGAGAUAUUGGAAAACUUUAACUUUGGGAAACAGCCCUGGUGUAACACUAAAUGCUCAGAACUAACAUACUUAGAAAUCUGUGAACGGAGUAAAGGAAGUAGAAAUUGGAUCUUGGGAGCGGAACACAGAAAUUCAUUUGAAAGUUCACGACUUUAUGUAGUGAAGAAGGUGUUGCUUCGUAAUUGUUCAUAACUUUCAGUUUCAGGCCUCGCUAAGUUCCUGUCUUAAGUUGUGGCCUCGUGUAAGAUGACCCGAAAUAUUCAUGGUAGAGGAAAUUAGCGGUAUUUAAGUAUUGCCACCCACAUGCCCUUUGUUUAUAGCUCGUAUCGUUUGUGUAAGAAUAAAUUACAGCUGGUAAAUGGGAAGAGUUUCGGCUUUCAAUUGACUUGUAAAUCAUCAUUGCGAAUUGUGUCUUAUUCGCGGCGUGUAAACUUUUGUUUUAAUUAUUAAUUAAAGUAGCACUCCCACAGCUUUUUUAAAAUGAUUUGGAUCAAUGUCUGUAUUUGAGAAGCUACGCACAUACCCCUCCCCUCCCCUUAACCCAGCAUUAACCCCUAACUUGUUGUCAGUUGGGUUGAGGGGGAGGAGGGGCAGGUAUGCAUUUGCUCAGAUAGUGGCUUUGAUUUCAAGGAACACUAAGUUCUCAACAACCAAACCUAAUUAUAAUGUUUUGAGAUUCAUUAAAACAAAGUUAAUUUG